AUUUUUGGUUUUGGCAGGAAAUAUAUACUCUAUACCAGUCAACCACGUCUCGAGUGAAUACCAGCGAUUGAGGUAGCCAAUUAAGCGACAUUAUUGCCAUCUUGUCUACAUAAUCCUCUCUCUCUUCCCUCAAUACCUAUCUGCGGAAAUCCGAACCUGCACAGCUUUCCGACUUCACAAGUUCCGCAUUUCUGUCACCAACUACCCCGCUACCCCAGGGAGGAUGGACUCAACCAUAGACCUUUCCGAUGCCUCCAAGGCUCUGGAUCUUUCCAACAUCCGUUUUCAAUUGAUGUAAGUUGUCGAACAUGAAACAACACCAGAUUUACAUGCUAACUACUGCCCAGUCGGUUAGAAGAUACUAUCACCUUCCACCUCAUCGAGCGAGUCCAGUUCCCCCUCAACGGCACAAUUUACAAACCCGGAGCUGUCAGCAUACCAAACAGCGAUCUGAGCUUUCUCGAUUGGCUACACCAAGAGCGCGAAAAACUCGACUCCCUGAUUCGACGAUUCGAAUCUCCCGACCAGUAUCCUUUCUUCCCAACUGCCGUCCAACAUCCCAUUCUCAAGCCCUUGAACUAUCCGAAGAUACUCCACGCCAACAAUGUCAAUGUCAAUGAGAAAAUAAAGAAGAGCUACAUCGAACAUUUUCUUCCAGUGGCAUGCGCCAACUUGAGACAUGAAGACCGAGGGGAGACGGAGGAGAAUUACGGUUCCACAGCCACGGCCGACAUCGCCUGUCUGCAAGCACUCUCGCAGAGAAUCCACUUUGGAAAAUUUGUGGCCGAAUCAAAGUUCCAAACCGAGAAGGAAUUGUAUACAAAGUUGAUCAAGGCAGAGGAUCGGGAUGGAAUUGGCCGUGCCAUUACAAAUGAAGCCGUGGAGAAGAAGGUAUUGGAACGACUGGGACUCAAGGCCAGGACAUAUGGUACGGACCCAAGUCAAGGUAUCGCGAGCCCAGGCAAGAUCGACGUCGAGGCUGUGGUUGCAAUGUAUAAGGAUUUCGUGAUUCCUCUGACUAAAGAAGUGGAGGUCGAAUAUUUGAUGCAGAGAUUAGAAGAGUAA